AUGGUCAUUCUUAUGGUGCGGUCCUUCGUAUGGUGCUUCGUAUGGUCCUUUGUAUGGCCCUUCUUAUGGUCCUUUUCUCUCAUUUGUAAUCCCUCAAGUUGCUUCAAGCAUGGCAGUAGCGAAGCAAAGGGGGUCCUUACAAUAGGGAGAAGAAGAAGCGCCUUUCGGAACAGAAAAAAGAAGUUCACCCUGCAGAGCUAUGGAAAGGAAUUUUCUGAGCGAGUAAAGAAGCUAAACCUCCUAUCCGAUGUUUUAAAAAUUGAUGCCUACCCAUCGUCCUUCAUAAAGAGAACGACAAAGAUAGACGAGUUGAAGAAGAAGUAUGGGCAUUUAGAAAGUGGAGAAAAGGACGAAAACAAAAAGUAUGUCAUAUACGGGCGAGUAACAGUCAAACGGAACGAUGGAAUGUUCCUAAAUGUACAGGAUGAUAGUGGCACUGUACAAAUAUAUGUUGAUGCACAUGUGGUGCUUAAAGGGGGAACCAAAUCGGAGGAAAAAAGGAGUGGUUGUCUAGCGACCGAUGGGGAGAAUGACCGGGGGAAGAACAAUACGUGUUCAGGUGCAGCGAAAAUUGGAGUUAACUCCCGUAACUGUGAGGGUAAUGAUACACAUGGAGAGGGAAGCCAAUUCCCCUUGGACACACAAGGAGAAGCUCCCCGCAAAGGAAACUCAAUAAGCGUGAGAAAAAUUAUCGAAGUAGGCGAUUUCGUAGCCAUCAAAGGAUUUGUUAGAAAAUCACAAAGAGGAGAACUAACUUUACACACAGAAGAAAUUUUCUUGCUAACGAAAUCGUUACUUCCCUUGCCAGACAAAUACAAAGGAAUGAAAGAUGUUGAAUAUAAGUACAGAAAAAGAUACCUAGACAUUUUAACCAACAAGGAAGAAAAGGAAAAAAUCCUUACUAGAUUUGAAGUCAUACAAGAAAUUAGAAAGUUCUUGCUAAAAAAAAAAUACCUAGAAGUAGAUACCCCAAUAUUGCAGUCCAUCCCUGGAGGUGCUUCAGCUAAACCAUUUGAAACUUUCCUAAAGUCCCUCAAUUCAGUUCUGUAUUUAAGAAUAGCACCUGAGCUGUAUUUGAAAAAAUUAAUCAUAAGUGGAAUUUCAGAACAAAUUUUCGAAUUCAGCAAAUGCUUUCGCAAUGAAGGCCUAAGUACCAUUCACAACCCUGAGUUUACACUGCUCGAAAUUUACAAGGCCUACUCCAAUUAUAAAUAUAUGAUUACAUUUACUGAGAGGUUAAUAAAGACCGUGGCGAAGAAAUUUUCUCUCCAUUCCAGUAUCGAUAAGGGUUUUUUGUACGAAAAGAGAUGGAAAAAAAUUUCCUUUAUGAAAAUACUAAAGGAUUACACCUGUGUAGAUUUUCUCAACUUGUCAUUCGAUCAAGCUUAUAAUGAAGCAAAGAAAUUAAACGUAACUUUUGAUCAGGGGAAGGAGUACUUAAAUUGGGGACUCGUCGUUCAGGAGGUUUUUAAACGAAAGGUGGAACCCUUUUUAGAUAACCACCCUGUCCAUAUAUAUCAUCUCCCUGCCGAUACUUCCCCUCUGGCCAAAACGUUAAGCAAAAAUAAAAAGCUUUCCGAACGGUUUGAAACGUACAUAGGGAACAUGGAAAUAGCGAAUGGUUACUCGGAGGAGGCUAACCCUCUAAUGCAGGAAAGGAAGUUCAUUUCUCAGUAUACUUUAAAGUAUAAAAAGGUUGAAGACCGCAGUAUCUCUUGCACAGGGGGGUUUGCUCCUCCGGAUGAUGCUCAUUCAGGUGCUAUCCGAGGGGAUCCAAACCAAGUGAGUACCCCCUCUGGUGAGGAAUUUCCCCAAGGACGCGAACAAAUUAGCUCAAAAAUGCAACACAUGCAACAUAUACAAAAUGACAAUCGCGAAAUCGAUUACGAUUAUGUAACCGCCCUGAUGCACGGCUUGCCUCCAACGGGAGGCCUGGGAAUAGGAAUAGAUCGUUUGUGCAUGCUGCUGACAAAUUCGAGUUCGAUCAAAAAUGUGUUACCCUUUCCGAUAAUAAAGCCACAGUGA